AUGACGGCCGCCUCGCUGAACAUCGAUGGGAGGCGAUCGCUCGCAACCUUGAAGCUCGAGGAUUUCAAAGAAGGACAAGGGUCGCCUGUGCUAGUCACUGGGCAGUCAAGCGCAAUUAGUUUGAUCCAGGAAGAAUACGUCGAAGAAGAAGCGCAGCGCGAUUUAGAUAUUGUUCUUACCGAAGCACAGCAAGACGAGCUUGAGGUUGCCUAUAAGAUCAACAAGCACCCAGAUAAUGAAACAGAAGCUGCUUUGGCAGAAAAAGUGGAACUGCUCCCCCAUGAAGUGAAGGUAUGUGCUCAGUUUUGGUAUUAUUUUCAAAUAGAAUGCUAA